AUGUCACAGUCCAAGGGAAAUGCGCAGCCGAAAUCCUUGGAUGGUUUGAAGUUGAAGACGCCCACUCUCACCUACGAGCAGACACUGCGGCGUCUUGAAAAGAUACAGAAUCACCUAUCACGUCCAAGGGGUCAGCGCCUCCAAGGCAAGGUUUGCGUCGUCACCGGCGUCGGUUCUCUGAAAGGGAUCGGAAGGGCGACAUCUCUUCUGUUUGCGCACGAAGGUGCACGUGCCUUGUACCUUCUUGACUUUGACGGGACAAACUUGCCGAAUCUAAAGGAGACGAUCAACGCAGCCUACCCAGAUGUUCAGGUUGAAGUUACAGAAGGAGAUGCAGCAGAUGAAACAACCAUCUCCACCAUUGCUGGAGUUGCAUCAGGUCAACCCUCGAUUCUCGAUCUGUCGGCUGAGGAAUGGGAGGAAAUGAUGCGCAUAAACACGACUUCGUGCUUCCUCGCUGUCAAAUAUGCCGCUCCUGCAAUGAUGAAACCCAAAGGCACCGGUGCGGAUACUGGCGGGAGCAUUAUCAUGACUGCUUCUGUCGCGGGUCUGCGAUCCGGUGCGGGACCAGCGCACUGUAUGUGGUAUUUCACCGCUCGAUUCUAUUCACUGACUUCUUCCGGCUUGGAAAUAUACCUCUACGGUGGUUUAUACACCUUGCGAUGA